ACUGUUCUUGUGUUUGUCCACUAGACUGUUCUUGUGUUUGUCCACUAGACUGUUCUUGUGUUUGUCCACUAGACUGUUCUUGUGUUUGUUCACUAGGCUGUGUUUGUCCACUAGGCUGUUCUUGUGUUUGUCCAUUAGGCUGUUCUUCUGUUUGUCCACUAGGCUGUGUUUGUGUUUGUCCACUAGACUGUUCUUGUGUUUGUUCACUAGGCUGUGUUUGUCCACUAG